AUGCCCAAGGACAAAUCAGAGAAGCGAGAGAAAAAGGAGAAGAAGCCAAAAGUUGAUGAUGCAGAGGCAGAUGCAGAUGCAGAUGCAGAAGAUGUAGAAAUGGCUGAUGUUUCGGAGUCCCCAAAAAAAGCGAAGAAGGAGAAAGAAAUCACCAUUCCAUUGGAAGAUUUAUCUCCUCUUGCGCAGCCAUUGGCACAGAAAAAGCUUGUGAAAAAGCUGCACAAAACGAUCAAAAAGGCUUCGAAAGCACGGCAAGUUAAAAGAGGUGUAAAGGAAGUCGUUAAGGGCAUUCGCAAAGGAGAAAAGGGAUUGCUCGUGUUGGCGGCAGAUAUCAACCCCAUAGAUAUAAUAUCUCACCUCCCAGUACUCUCAGAAGAAGCUCAGAUACCAUAUGUCUUUGUGACGUCUAAGGAGGAGCUCGGCCAUGCUAGCUCAACAAAACGACCAACAAGUUGCGUUAUGAUUUGCCCUGACCAGAAGCGCAAAGCCCAAAAGAAAGAUGCUGAGGCAGAGAAGGACGAUGACUACAGGGAGUUGUAUGAAGAAUGUCGAAAAGAGGUGGCAAAGCUAGACCACAAGAUUGUAUUCUAA